GUCUCUUGUACUGUCAACUUGUCUGGAGUACUCGGCCUCUUCUCAUAUGUGUACCACGUCGUACUUACCGGGCCAGUUGCUCCCCAUCAUGGAAGUGAUGUCCACAUUACACCACAGCAGCUCUAUUGAGGACAGUGAUAGUAGUUUUAACAGUAGUUUGAACGCAUCACCACCGCCCCAUGAUAUGGGUAGCGAAGACAACGCGGACUAUUUCAAAGAGAAGCCGCGUUACACGCGGAAGAGGCGAUAUCGGAAGUCGGGAGAUGAUAGCGAACAUGGGGGUAAAAUGCGUCGAAAGCACGUGACUGCACAGACCUACGAAGAUCUUCAGAACCAGCGAGUCAUGGCUAACGUGCGGGAGAGGCAACGGACUCAGUCUCUGAACGAAGCAUUUUCAGCACUCAGAAAAAUCAUUCCAACUUUGCCAUCGGACAAACUGAGCAAAAUACAGACUCUGAAAUUGGCAACAAGAUACAUAGACUUUUUGUAUCAAGUGCUUCGAAGUGAUGAGGUCGACACACGGCUAAACAUGCCGACCAGUUGUAGUUACGUAGCACACGAGAGACUAAGUUAUGCCUUCUCGGUGUGGAGGAUGGAAGGUGCGUGGAAUAUGGCCGGUAACAGCUCGCCCCGAUAGCUACGAGUCGUCCACCCUUUACAUACAGUGCUUUCAAUGUUCUUCUAUCUACGCGUCAGGUUAUUAUAUGGUGUGGACACUUCAUGUUCCCGUAUAUCCAACGUCCUAAAAGAAGAAGUGUUAUAAAGUUUCCAGCCACAUAUAAGCAGAAAAUCUGUAGUACCAGGCUUGAUGAGUGUUUUAGUUCGGAUCACUGAACACAUGCCGACGGGGCCACUAAAGUUGGAAACAAACUGUGAUAUGGAACAUUCUUGUCUGAUGGUAUUUAUUAUUCGGCAACCUCCAUAGAAAACGAUUUUUUGCGACCAUGAACAAGUGUUUUCCUGAACUAAUAAGAGAAACAAAACACUACCCGAAUACUUCGCGUCCGUACUACCUAGGUCACAAGAAUAUAUAAUUCGUAUAUAUUCGCUUUCAUGUAUCGUUAUGGCGGAGUAAUACAAUAGUCACUCAUUGGAUGGUCAUGGUACAACAUAUUUAUCGCCCAGUUCAUGUAUUUAUGUGUAAUAUGUUUCUAAACUGUAAUGACAUUAGGUCAUAGUUCAUACAAAAUUGAAACUUAAUCGACCAUGUUCACUCCACGCAAAUUGUAUUAAAAUAUGACAUGUAAUCAAGACUAUA